AUUCAAAAGUUUGAUUAAGAGUGGUAGUGGAUGAUACGAGGUUCUAUCAACAAACCCAUCAACAAUGGCCUUCCCUCUUCACUGCCCUCCACUGUCUCCUCUUCUCAAAACCUCCUCCCCUCCCGCCUCCUUCGCCAUAACCACCGCCGUCUCCUCCUACCCAAACCCCAGCCCCAGUCUUUCCUCCCCGGCUCCUCCUCCCCUCGGCCUCUCCCGCCACCGGCGUCGCCGCCGAAAACCGGACGCUAUCCGGUGCUCAGCCUCCUCCUUCCCGGAGAACCGCCGCGCCGGCUCCGCGUCCUCCUCCGACGCCGCCGAGCUACCGCUCUUCCCCCUCCCCCUCGUCCUCUUCCCCGGCGCGAUCCUCCCCCUCCAGAUCUUCGAGUUCCGUUACCGGAUGAUGAUGCACACGCUCCUCCAGACCGACCUCCGCUUCGGCGUCGUGUACGCCGACUCCGCCUCCGGCACGGCCGGCGUCGGCUGCGUCGGGGAGGUCGUCAAGCACGAGCGCCUCGCCGACGACCGGUUCUUCCUCAUCUGCAAGGGGCAGGAGCGGUUCCGAGUCACUGGCAUCGUCCGCGCGAAGCCCUACCUGGUCGCGCAAGUCGAUUGGCUGGAGGACAGGCCAUCUAGCGAUGGAGGCGACGAUCUGGAGUCGUUGGCGGGCGAAGUGGAGGCUCACAUGAAGGACGUGAUCAGGCUAUCGAACCGAUUGAACGGGAAGGGAGAGAAGGAAGCUCAGGACCUCAGGAAGAAUCAGUUCCCAACGCCGUUCUCGUUCUUUGUCGGAAGCACGUUCGAGGGCGCUCCUAGGGAGCAGCAGGCGUUGCUGGAAUUGGAGGACACGGCGGCCAGGCUGAGGAAAGAGAAGGAGACGUUGAGGAACACGCUCAAUUACUUGACCGCUGCAUCCGCGGUUAAGGACGUGUUCCCUUCGUCGUGAUUAAUUCCAGAGCCUAGCUUCUCGAGGAGAUUGUGGGAUUCUGGCAAUGUUGUAUCAAUCAUCAUUAUCACCGUGACAGUUUGUCCACACGGUCAAAUUCCUUGUCCAAAAGCAAAGGAUGGGGAUCUGAGAAAGCCGACUGCCCUUUAUUUGGCUGUCCAACUCUGGACCAACAAAAUAAGCAGGAACGGAAUUUCAAGUUCAGAGAAGUGCAGGCCAAUUAAGCAAUCAUGGAGCUUCGCCGAUCUCAAGCGGGUACAUGAGUAGAGGUAGAUCACUGUUCUUUAUCCAGGUUGAUCUGUGUAAGGUGAGAGCUCCCUGUGUAUAUGUUUCUGUUUUGCGUUACACAGUUGAAUUCUUCCAAGAGCUGAACUUCAACAAGUCCGGUCGAUGAAGUCCUGUUUAUUUUUGCGGUAAUCGGUUUACAUAUUCAUCAGCAA